AUGGAGAGACUCAUGGCAGACUUUCGUGUAAUUCAGCGUAAUGAGUUAUUAGGGGCUUUAACAGGAUUAACACAUGUUCAACGUUUUCAGCUAGACGAUGCUCACAUAUUUUGUACUACUGAAGAAAUUGGUCAAGAAAUGAUGAGUUCAUUAGACUUUUUACGUCAUGUAUAUACUGUAUUUAGAUUUACAUUCCAAUUUCGUUUAUCUGCAAGACCUGAAAAGUAUUUAGGGGAGUUGGAAAUGUUGAAAAAUGCUGAAAAGCAAUUAGCUGAUAGCUUAAAUUUAUUUUGUAAACCAUGGACAUUAAAUCCAGUAGAUGGUGCUUUCUACGGACCAAAAAUUGAUAUAACUAUUUCGGAUGCUUUAAAACGCCAACAUCAAUGUGCUACCAUACAACUUGAUUUCCAGCUCCCAAUUCGGUUUAAUUUAAACUUUAUCAGUGAAUCAGGAGAAAAGAAACGCUCAGUAAUCAUACAUCGUGCUAUAUUUGGUUCAGUAGAAAGAAUGAUAGCUAUUUUAACUGAAUCGUUUGCAAUAUAA